UUUAGUUUUUAAAUAAAUUGUAAAAAGAAAGAAAAAUGGAAAUUGAAUAUCGCUCUCCAGUAAACGAACAACGAAUUUUAGCAACAUUUGUUAAUGAAGCCCAUGAAUCCAUAGGUGCUCCCCUCGAUCUUCCUACAGAUUUAACUCAUGAAAGUUUACAAAAUCUAUGCAAUGCGUUGCUUCAUAAUGAAGAAACUGUUCCAUACGCAUUUUUUUUGAAUGAAAAGGAAAUUACCAGCACAUUAGGAUAUUUACUCCAGCAAGAAAAGAUAGAAACAGAAAAGAUAGUACAAAUUUUAUAUCAACCACAAGCUGUUUUUCGUGUUAAAGCAGUCACAAGAUGCACUAGUACUAUACCAGGGCAUGCUGAAGCUGUAAUUUCUGUGGCAUUCAGUCCGGAUGGAAAAUACUUAGCUAGUGGUUCUGGAGACACAACUGUAAGAUUUUGGGAUGUAAACACAGAAACACCUCAUUUUACUUGCAAAGGACAUAAACAUUGGAUUUUGGCAAUUGCUUGGGCUCCAAAUGCUUGCAAAUUAGCAUCUGGUUGUAAAAGUUCAGAGAUACGUAUCUGGGAUCCAGCAACAGGAAAUCAACUUGGAAAGACACUGGUCGGGCACAAGCAGUGGAUAACCAUGCUGGCAUGGGAACCAAUUCAUCGAAACGUAGAGUGCAGGAGGUUGGCAAGUUCAUCCAAGGAUGGAACAAUUCGUAUUUGGGACACAAUUCUAUGCAAAACAUUGUUAGUGCUGUCUGGUCACUUACAAUCAGUUACAUGUAUUAGAUGGGGAGGAGAAGGGCUUAUAUAUUCUGCUUCUCAGGACAGAACAGUUAAAGUUUGGAGAGAUCAAGAUGGAGCUCUGUGUCGAACCUUAGAAGGUCAUGGACACUGGGUUAACACUAUGGCUUUAAACACAGAUUAUGCUAUUCGCACUGGAGCAUUUGAACCUGCUAAAGGUGACAAUGAAAUAACUUUAGAGAACACACAGAAAAAAUCUUUAGAACGCUACACUAAUGCCAAGGGAGUUAAACCAGAAAUUCUUGUGUCAGGUUCUGAUGAUUUCACACUUUUUUUAUGGCAGCCUUCUGAAUCUAAAAAGGAAAUUGCCAGAAUGACAGGCCAUCAGGCACUCAUUAACACUGUUCAAUUUUCACCUGACGGUCGUCUAAUAGCAAGUGGCUCCUUCGAUAAAUCUGUCAAACUUUGGGAUGGCUGUACAGGAAAAUUUAUUGCUGCAUUUCGUGGCCAUGUUAAUUCUGUAUACCAGAUCGCAUGGUCAGCAGAUAGCCGAUUGUUAUGCAGUGGUAGUUCAGAUAGUACAUUAAAGGUUUGGGACAUGAAAACAAAAAAACUACAGUGUGAUUUACCAGGGCACUCUGAUGAGGUUUAUGCUGUUGAUUGGAGUCCAGAUGGUCUUAGAGUUGCUAGUGGUGGAAAAGAUAAAGUAUUGAAAAUCUGGCGAACUUGAUGCGUGAAAAAGACGUGCUCGUAAUACAACUCUUAUUGAUGGAAUUUUGGAUUCCAAUGUUUAGCGGGAAAUUGUGGUGAAUAGCAGUGGUCAUCGUUGUCAUUGAUUUAGAAUUAAAAGCAAUUUUAAUUUAUUUAGGUCCGACAAUUAAAAACUGAUUUUAUACUGAAAAAAUACAAAAUAAUUAUA